AUGCACAGUAGCUGCAUCCCGAACCAUGUGGAUGAGGAGGCACUGAAAGAGGAGUGUGAGAAGCAGGGCACCAUCAAAGAGUUCUUCUACAUGGCGGACCAAGUCGGCACCGACAGAGGCUGGGCGUUUGUGACAUAUGAGGAUGAGACCGAAGCCGCUGUGGCAGUGGCAAUGUUUAACGGGCAGCAGAUCUUCGCGGGCAGCGCAAGGCCGCUACAGUGCAAGUUCGCAAACGAGAAGAUCACCAAGAUCGAAGGAACGGUCUUCGAGGCGCCCACGAAGGCCGUCACACCUUGGCAGGAGUUCACCACUCCGGAGGGUAAGCCCUACUACUACAACAGCGUCACCAAAGAGACUCGCUGGGAGAAGCCAGCUGAGCUUGGCGGUCAGACAGCCGCGGCACCUGGAGCUGCAGCCUUGCCAGGAGCUGCUGCAGGUAGCAGCACUUCCGGCCAGCUGGCCCUUACUCAGGCAGCGCUGCCGGCACUGCAGGGUGGCAACGGGCCACCAGGAGCCAACAUCUUUGUCUUCCAUGUUCCGAUCAAUUGGACGGACGACGACUUCAAUGCCCACUUCUCACCGUUUGGGCAGAUCGUGUCUGCGAAGAUCCAUGUGGAUCCUGUGACGAAGGCCUCGAAAGGUUUCGGCUUCUGCUCCUACGUGACGACGCAAGCAGCAACCAUGGCCAUCAAAGGUAUGAAUGGCUUUGACACCAAACAGGGCAAGUUCCUGAAAGUCACCAUCAAGAAAGGUGAAGAACAGUACAACCCAGACGCGGUCUCAGCGCAGAAUGUUCCAGCAGCGGCCGCAGCUGGACCGACAUCGAAAUGCCAGCGUGACGAUGCCAGGGCAUCCAAAGGCCCGUGCAGGAUCCAGGAGUACUUCUACCGGAUACUGGCUGUGACGCUAUUGCACGUCCCCACAGUGGUGCUUCUCACUGACUCAGCCCUUCAGCCCCACUUCCAGCAGCGGUACCCCGCCGAGGCACGCAGAGGCCUUCGCGUGUACGAGUACUUGGAGUACGCGGAUGCCAAGUAUUUCAAGCUCCAGUCUCUGUACUUGACGAAUCUGAAGGAAAAGAACGAGUCAAAAGAGACACAAGCCUGCUGCAGGGGGCACACCGAGCCAUUUGAGAUGAUGAACGUCCUGAGCUUCUUUGUCAUGCGUGCCUGGAUGGAGAAAGAGGCUGUGCCCCAUGUGGCCUAUGCAGAGAGUGAUGUUGCGGUGCUCGUGCCGCCCUACCUGCCUCAGAGGUGCGAGAGCGAAAUUACCUGGCGUUCCAGGUGGGAUCGCCAGCAUGAAUGGCCUCCUUUCACCUACAGCGCCCUGGCAUCCACAGGUGGCGUGCUGAGCUUGGCUGUUCUGAACGACUGGACCGACUUCAACCUUGCACUCUUCAAGGAGUACUUCUGGAUCCAAGAAGCUACCGCGGUUCAAUUGGGAGGCAUCCAGCACAACUUGUUUUCCGGCAUCAACCACAUGAGCACAUGGUACUUUUAUGCCAUGGGCAGCCUCGACUCUGAUGGAAUGCCGUGGUCCGAUGGAGAACCUUGGUACCUUCAGUACAUCCGGCUUCCACCCAGAUUUUCCAGAGAAGUGCUGCACGUCCCACCUGCGGAGUUGCGAGACCUUCCGCGGCGGAAUGCAACGAUUCCACCCACCAAGCGCUACCGCGUCUGCAACGGCUGGUAUCCUACUCAAGGCUUCAUGAUCGAUGCUGCGCACGGCUGGAAUCCUGCAAACCUGGUCUGCUGCUAUGUGAAAGCUGGCGAGACGCACAAGGCUGAGUUGAUACACAGCCCCGAGCUGAACCGGUCCAUCUUCCGGGCCACCGUCGGCCAAGCGACUUUGCGGGACCUCCACUUCCAAGGUCCGACCAAGCGCUUUGUGGGCAAAGUCUUUGCGCCCCUCUUCCGGGAAUACGGCGGCUUCAGCUUCGCAGCGGAUUAG